AUGUUCCCCGAGGGAGAUUUCCGCAACCAUGCCAGAGAGGAGAUUCUGGACAUCAAGUGCGACAUGAUGGUCAACAACCUUUACAGCCAACAGAUGGAACUUCUGUGGACUGCUGGUGGCCACGACGAGGGUAUUCUGCUCAAGAAGUCAAGAGGACAGUACGCAUGCUGCCCUUCAGAUCUCGAGAGCGAGCCCACUGGCUUCUACAAGGCAGUCGAGACACUCAACGUUAGAAGUGCCAUGACUGUCAACACUCGCGUCAUCAAGCUGUUUCUCCACGGUAACGACCGAUCAUUCAUCCCCCUGAAGAGUGGUCUCCGUCUCCAAGUUCUCCCCGAUAUGUCUUACCUCCCACGAUGCGCCAAGCAUCAGUUCGCUGCCUUCAUCGCCGACCGUGGAAUCCUCGUUGUCUGGGAUGAUGACCCGAGACAUCUGAUCAAGCGUGCCGAGCAGAUCGAGCAAGCUCUCAUGAAGAUGAUCUGGCGCGAAGAAGGAGAAGAGGAGGAGGAGGUCGUCUCCGAGAAAGAGAAGACUGCCGACAUCAACAUAGAUGAAGUCGGUAUGGAUAGCGUAGAGGCUGGUGCAUAUGAGAAGCCUCGCCGCAUCGUCCUCACCCAAGCCAUCUGCAACGCCGUGACACUUUGCAUGCUCAUUGCUGUCAUGGGCACUGGUUGGCGCAAGGUCGCUCUCGAAAUUGGUCUCGACGGAAGCUACAUUCGAAUUGCUUUCGUCCUGUGUAUCAUCCCUCAGGCGUGGCUCUCGCUCUUCUUCUACCAAUCCGUCGUCGGUGUUCUGGCCCAAAUGGUUGGCCCUAUCUCCCAACUGACCGACAACACAAAGUAUUACUCUGGUACCGCUCCCAAGCGUUUGCACGCUGAUCUGGUCACUCUGCCCCACAUCACUAUUGAGUGCCCUGUCUACAAGGAAGGUCUCCAGGCUGUCAUCGAGCCCACUGUCCACUCUAUCAAGGCCGCCAUCUCUACCUAUGAAAUGCAGGGUGGUACUGCCAACAUCUUUGUCAACGACGAUGGUAUGCAGUUGAUCUCCGAGGAGGAGGCUCGUGCCCGCCAGGACUUCUACGAUGAACACAACAUCGGCUGGGUCGCUCGUCCUCGUCACGACCCCAAGGGUGAACACGGUGAAGCCUUUACUCGUCGCGGAAAGUUCAAGAAGGCCUCGAACAUGAACUACGCCCUCUGGGUCAGCAACCGCGUCGAAGACAAGAUGAACGCCGUCCCCAAGCAUGCCAACUGGACUAACGAAGACGAAGCCGAGUCCUACGUAAGAGCACUCAAUGAGGUCGUCGAGGAAGAUGAGGGCCGCACUUGGGCUGAUGGCAACAUCCGUCUUGGUGAUUACAUCCUUCUGAUCGAUUCCGAUACCCGUGUCCCUACCGACUGCUUGCUCGAUGCCGCCAGUGAAAUGCACCAAUCUCCUCAAGUCGCUAUUCUGCAAUACGCCUCUGGUGUCAUGAACGUUACCGACAGCUUCUUCGAGAGGGGUAUUACUUUCUUCACCAACCUCAUCUACACUCAGAUCAAGUUCGCCGUUGCCAGUGGAGAUGUUGCUCCUUUCGUCGGUCACAACGCCUUUCUGAGAUGGUCUUCGGUUCAGAACAUUGCAUACGACUGCGAGGACGACAACCGCGAGAAGUACUGGUCCGAAUCUACCGUCUCAGAAGAUUUCGACAUGGCACUGCGUCUGCAGAAUAAUGGCUACGUGGUCCGUCUUGCUGGUUACACCGGUGACGGCUUCAAGGAGGGUGUGUCCCUUACCGUGUACGAUGAACUUGCUCGUUGGGAGAAAUACGCCUACGGCUGCAAUGAGCUUGUUUUCCAGCCCCUCCGCUACUGGCCUACUCGUGGUCCUUUCACCAAGCUCUUCCGAAACUUUAUCACCUCCGCAAUGCCCCUUCCCUCGAAAUUCACCAUCAUGGCUUACAUCGGUACCUAUUACGCUAUUGCUAGCGCCUGGCCUUUGACUAUGCUCAAUUACUUCCUCAUUGGAUGGUACAACGGUUACCAGGACAAGUACUACCUUGACUCGUUCAAGAUUUACCUCGCCAUUCUUGUCGUCUUCUCUCUUGCUGGUAACAUCGCACUUGCCGUUGUCCGCUACCGUAACGACGAAAUGGGUCUGCUGCGUGGUCUUAUCACCAACUUCAUGUGGGUGCCCAUGUUGACUUGCUUCCUCGGAGGUCUCUCUCUCCAUUUGUCGCAAGCUCUGUUGUCCCACUUCUUCGGUAUCGACAUGAACUGGGGUGCUACUAGCAAAGAAGCUGAAGACACGACCUUCUUCGAAGAAGUCGGCAAGGUCAUCAAGAACUUCAAGUACACCUUUGCUGCCUGCUUCAUCAUGGCUGCCGGUAUGGUCGUCUGCGGCGUUGCACUGCCCUGGAACUGGCAGAUUCACCAGUUCUUCGCCAUCUGGCCCCUGGCUACCGUGGUUGUCAGUCACUUCUUGACACCCAUUGUCCUCAACCCUCAACUCAUCCGCUUCACAUGGUAG